CAAUACGCGACGCCGAAUUUCGGCGACGCAGAGCCAUGGAGCCGGAUCUCAAUCUAGUGAAGGUGCACGGGGGAGGCGGGUACGACUCAGAUUUUAGCGACGAUGACAAUCUGGAGGGAACGUCCCAGCUUGGAGAUAAAAGGAGACGCGAAGAUGACCUGCUGGAGAAGCCCUUUCAGAGAGGGAAGCACCCCAAGGUGGCUCACAGGAAUGUUGCUGCAGAAGAGUGGGACAGGGAGGAAGCCAGGAACAGGCGCCAUCACCUCAUUUCAAUGAAUGCUUUUGAGCGGCACAAGAAGUUUGUCAGUGACUACAUAUUGUACUAUGGCGGCAAGCUGCAGGAUUUCAGACGCUCUACGGCCAGUGACAAAACAGACUUUGACGUGGUGAAGAACAACCACCGAUUCCUGUGGAGGGACGAGGACCAAGAGGAUAUGACAUGGGAGAAGGAGCUAGCAAAAAAAUACUACGAUAAGCUCUUCAAAGAGUAUUGUAUAGCAGACCUCAGCAGAUACAAGGAAAAUAAGUUUGGCUUCCGCUGGCGGAUUGAAAAUGAAGUCGUCUCUGGAAAAGGCCAGUUCUUCUGUGGGAACAAGCGCUGUGACAAGCAGGAAGGUCUCAAGAGCUGGGAGGUGAACUUUGCGUACGUGGAGCAUGGAGAGAAGAGGAACGCGUUGGUUAAACUGAGACUUUGCCCUGAGUGUUCCUACAAACUCAACUUUCAUCACAAGAGGAAGGAGAUUAAAGUAAAGAAGCAAAGGAGAAGCGAUGGAAAGAGAGAAGAGUCGGAGUCAAAAAGAGCCAAGACUUCCCACCGCAGAAAGAAGAAACGAAAGAGCAAAGAGCCCUCGUCUCCCAAAGGCACGGAGGAUUCUGAAGGAUCUGCCAAAGAACAAAGUGAGGAUGAGGAGGGACCGUCAGAGGCAGACCACUGGAAGGGUCCGGCACCCAGCGUGGACGAGAAGUCCAGGGAGGAGGAGUAUGAUGAAUACUUUGAGGACAUGUUCCUUUAGAAGACUUAGAAGGUGUGACGUUUUCCCAAAGACCUUUCAUUCUGCUUUCGUUGUGGACUGUAACUCCAUGGUGUUACUGAGUUCAGAAUUGUCGCCGGGGGGAGAAGAAUGUGGCAUCGGAGUCCAAGUUUAUUUGAUUAAAAUGUUUUUGUUGUUGUGCGGAGUGUUGUCGUUUUUUGGCAUUCAACUCUUUGGGUGGGAAAACAGUCUCUCAUCCUCUCCCACAGCCUGCAGAAACAUGGAAUUUCAGCUCCCAGUAAAAAAAAAAUAAAAAUAAAAAAGACUUCUAUAUGUUAA